AUGAUACGGCUCUGGAACCCGGCAACAGGCGCGCUUACCCGGAAGAUCGAUAGCUACUCGAAUCAGGUUUUGUCGGUGGCCUUCUCGCCCUAUAGAGCACUCACACAGACCCUCAAAGGUCAUUCGUAUCUCGUUCAUUCAGUGGCCUUCUGCCCCAACGGCCGGUUAUUAGCAUCCGGCUCCAGUGAUAAAACGGUGCGGCUCUGGGACCCGGCGACAGGCGAACACGCCCAACCAAUAAAACGUCAUUCGGAGUUAGUUGAGUGGGUGGCUUUCUCGCCUAGCGGUCGGCUGCUUGCGUCAAGCUCUGGUGAUAAUAUAAUAGGGCUCUGGGACCCAGCGACAGGCGCGCUUACCAAUACACUUGAAGGUUCCUCAAUUUACGCCUCGUUGGGGGCCUUCUCACCCGAUGAACAUCUACUUGCGACCGGCAUGAAUGAUGGUACAGUGCAGCUUUGGGACCUUAUGACGGGUGCACUUUGCCAGAAGUUCGAAGGUCACUCAAGUGCGAUUUCGUUAGUGGCUUUCUCCACCGACGGCCGGCUGUUGGCAUCGAGCUCCGGUGUGCAGCUUUGGGACAUAGCCACAGGCGUGUUCACUCAGAAUGACAACACCGUGCGUCUCUGGGACGUGGCGACAGGCACACUUAUCCGGACGCUUGAAGGCCAUUUGGAAUUAGUUGCCUCGGUGGCAUUUUCGCCCGACAGCCGGUUGAUCGCGUCGGGUUCUGAAGAUAACACAGUGCGGCCCUGGGAUGUGGUGACAGGCGCGCUGGUACCUGCUUGGAAUGUUCAGAAAGUGUUCACUACACUAGAAUUUGUCCCCGAAGGUUCACAUCUCCUUACUAAUUUUGGCUGGCUUAACAUUGAAUCUGGGACCAAUGGAUAA